CCCUGCUCAUCCUUUGCAAACUUUGACCGCAUUCAAUUGAAGAGUGUCAAAAAGGGUAGCUACGUAAAAAUGUCAACUGCACCUUGUAAAUCUUCAUCUUCAUUGCACGAAACACGCGAUGGAGAUUGAAGAACAAACCCCAUGAAUAAAUAUGAGGUACUUAGCUUUGGAGCUUCGACCGCGAUCUUGCGACGAUGACCAUCUUCUUCAUCUUCUUCUUCCUCGUUAUCUCCGACGGAGCUGCUUCGAUGGAGGGCUUGCCUCUCGAGUUCUCGAGCCGAGACGAGCUGGUGGAAAUGGCGGGAUACGGCGAGAAGAAGGUGUCGACCGUCUUGGUCGCCGGCUCGGUUUCAUGCGAGGGUCGCUUUCUCGGCGAUGCUCGUCAUCAGCUUCAUGCUUGGCCAGUCUCCGGUGCUUUAGUUGGUGUGAAAUGUCGUACAAGCAAGAACGAGAUCAGUUUGGCUUGGACUCGAGGCAUCGCCGAUGAAUUUGGCGACUUCACCAUCGAUCUCCCUUCCCACCUCCACGCCAUUCCGGACCUGCCCAAGGAAUGCUCGGUUGAACUCCUCCGAGUCCCGAGAAGCUCGCUCUGUCGGCCGGCUCGCGGCCAUAGACGCAAGAGGUUGAGAUUAGCUUCGGUCCGGGACGGGGUUCGCAGUUACGAGGUGGGAAAUAUAAGGCUCAUGCUCAUGCAGUCCUCAAGGCUUGCAAUGGAAUAUAGAAGCAACAAUAAGAGGGUCAUGAAUAGAAAUCUAUAGCUAGUUGAUCAUUCAAAAAGGACAGUUCCGUCCGCAGAAUAUAAUUCGAUACAUAUUGAAUGACGAUUAUUUUGAAGGCAAGGCAAGAGCAUGUUGGCGAUUUGCAUGGUCUUGGGCAAGUUGUACUUGUUCAGAUGAUUUUCUGAAGGUGUAUAUUUUAAUCAGUAGCUGGAUGAUGUUGUGUAAAUUCGAUAUUUAAAUAAUUUUUUUAAUUCAA